AUGAGAAUAAAUGGUUUUAAAAAAAGAUCAACAAAGUUGGACGAAAGCUUCUUUCAUUCCAUGGGAAAUGGUGUCGUAAAUUAUAAUGAUUCCGAACCGAAUAAACCAAUUAAAAGUUUAAAAAUGAGUAACAAAAGAUUAUUAUUAAGUGAUUCAGAAAAUAUUGGGAUCAUGUGUAAGCGAAAACCGAAGAUUGACUCCAAUGACUAUACACCUAAUCGUAUGACCAAUAAAACGAUUUUAGAUGUUCUUAUGAAUAGAGAUGACUGUUUGUACGAAAUAGAUGAUGUUGUUCUGGAGGAAUACUGUUUGUUAGCUACGCCAACCGACAGACGAUAUAAGAAAGGUAUGGAUAAACACACCGAAUUAAACACGGCAGACUUGAGUUUGAUAAGUACAACUGACCACGACUCAACCCAAAACGAAUUUGAUAAGAUUGGUGGCGAAGAGUCUAUUGAGUCAGCCAACGAAGAAAUAAUUAGCCUAGAUUCGGGAGAAGUAGCGGAUCCUGAUGCCGAUGAAUCAAUUAAUAUGGAAAUCGAAGCGCCGAUUGAUCCAGAUGUGGAAGGAACAUUGAGAAGAACAGCGGAUGAUGAGUUGAUUAAGUGUGUUCUGGAUAAAGAAUAUUUCGAAGGAUUGGAAAGAGUGCCUGCCAUAGUUCCGUCGGAAGAAGGGAUCGAAAUAUUGGCUGAAGUGUUGUCGCCAUCUGUGGGAAAGUGGACAGUAGACGGGAGCCUGAAGUAUAAACUGUUCGUGCUGAACGUGGCAAUUCAGAUACUGAAGGAGAAUAAGCUGAAAGCGGAUGACUUGUUCGCCAGCUUACUGAGCGUACUAAAGUCUGUAAGAGAAGAAGGUGUGUUUGGUGAAUCAAGAAGAAAAAGGAGCGAGGAGGAAUUGUUUGAAUCGAUAUUGGAUAAUAGCAUAUACGUAAUAAGGUGUUUGAAGUUGGAUGAGCUGGUGGAACUGUUUAAAGAGUAUUUUCCGUACUGCUACAGAAGAUGUCAAAAAGAUAUGAUGACACUUAGAGCGCACGGAGUGUGUAAGGAAAUAGUAAGAAGACUGCAAGUUGACCAGAUAAAGGAAAUACUGAGUUAUGUAGCGUCAAAUAUCGUGUAUUUUAAUAAUAAUGUGUACAAUAAUGUUUGUAAAAUAGAGGAGACUAAGGAAGUUAGUAAAUCGCAAAUUGAAAAAAAAAUGUAUAAUAGCAAAAAAGAAGAUUGUAAUAUAGAGAUAAAAAAUGAAAUAAAAAAUGAAUUAGGUAAUAAAAUAUUUGUAAAUGUGGUAAUAAUGUUGUUUGAAAGGAUAUUUAUAGGAAGUGAGAGAGAUAAAGAAGGAACAUUGAUAUCAGAAGUAGACAAAAGUGUGUUGGCACCAGAAGGUGAAGAGUCGUAUUUGGUGUUUAAAGAAGUGGUGAAGAGGUUCAUAGAAGAGGCAUUUUACAAAGAAGGAGUGGAGUUUGAAAGUUAUAGGAAGUUUAUUCAAAUGUUACUGGCGAAUUUGGAGAGUCCAACGCAAAUGUUUACGCCGUUCCUGGUGCUGGAAAUGGCAAGAGUGUUUAUGGCACAUUUAAGUUACGAGGGAGGAAGAGUAAAGAGGGACGUGGAGAAUAGAGUGAGAAGAAGGGAUUCCACAAGGUUGCACUCACUUAAGCUGCUGAUGGUGAUAUCGACGAAGAUAUUUGGUAUAUACAACGAAAUGAGGGGGACGUUAAGGACGUACUGCUUGAAUUCGAAGUAUUUGGGUGAUUUUUAUAGUGAGGAAGGUGAAUUACAGGCUUAUACAGAUGAAUUUACGAGGUUGAAGGAUUAUAUCAUCAACUACGUCAGUUACAUUAACAUAGAUAGCAGUCACGUGGAGUGGAGUAGAAUGGAUACGUAUGUGUUUUACAUACUGCUCAAGAAGUACUGUUAUGAAGGUAAUGUGCAAGAGGUGGAUGACCUGAGGCUCUUUAUAAAAAUAUUUAAGCACCUGUAUAAGCAUAAUGGAAAUUACAAGGGAGACUUGGAAAAGAUGCUGAAAAAUAUAAACUACGACAAUGUAAUCAAUUACCCAUACUCACCAAGUGUAACGCAAGUGACGAACAAUGAUGUUGAGGGUUAUGGUGACUGUUACAAACAUAGUUGUGGCAAUGAUUACAAAAAUAGUUAUGGCAAUGAGAAAAUAGAGGAGUAUAUGCUGAAGGUGUAUGUGUGUAACGGAUUAUACGAGCUGUACGACGGAGUGGUGGACAGCGUAGUAGAGGUGAUCAACAACGCAAAUGAACAAGGCAUUCGGAAUUUGUCAAUAGACUUUAUGGCGGAGAUAACGCUGAGUGACCAGAGGUAUUUGUUGAACCGUGAUAUAAGGGAGGUGCUGAUGUCAUCAAUGUUAGACAGUAACACGUACGUGAGGCAGCAGAUAAUAAACAUGUAUAGUAACUGCAUAGUAAGUCUUAGUAAAGAAAGUAAGGAGCAAAUGAGUAUGGGAAGAGGUAAAGGAGGAGAAGUUGGGAAAUGUAGAGAACAAAUGUUAAAGUACAUAGAUAAGGAGGUGUUGAGUAGAAUAGUGUGGUGUACGAAGGACGUAAACUAUAAGAUUAGAGCGGAGGCAGUAAAGCUGGUGCACUGCUAUUUAAGCAUAGUUGGAAUAAAGGACUGCAUGGAUGUGGUGUCGGAACUGGCACAGAGGAUCGUAGAUACACACAGAGAACACCCACGAGUAAAAAAGGCACUGUAUAACCUGAUGUGUAGCGUCUUCUUUAAGUACGCAAUAGAGAUUAUGGAUAGAGUAACGGAACUGAGUUCAGAAAAGACAACUGGUACUGAUGAUGCUAGUGGAGUUGGUAGUAAUGGUGAUGCUAGUAACUUAAUUGGUAGUACUGAUGAUGCUAGUAACUUAAUUGGUAGUACUGACGAUAGUAGAGGAGUUGGUACAUGUAAGCAGCUGAUCAGUGAUGAAGACCUGGAGCUUUUGGAAAAAUUGGUGAAGAUACUGCUGUAUAAAAUGGAGUCGUACAACGGAACUGUCAAUCCAAUAGUGACAAUGAUGAGUUAUUAUGAAAGUAAUCAAAAGGCGAUAAAGGAUCCAAUAAGUUAUUAUUAUCAAGUGAAUGGAACUUUUAGGGAAAAUGUGGCAAGUAAAAUUUAUGAUAAUGAUGGUGUCAUCGAUGGAAACAGUAACAGUGAAAGGGGUAACAUGAGUGUUGGAGGUGUAAAGAGUAGCAGCAUAGUUAAAGAUGAUAGUAGCACAAAAGGUAUCAGCAGCAUUAAAAGUAGUACUAGGAUUGAAAGUAAUACUGGCAUCAAAAGUAAUACUAUCAUUGAAAGUAGUACCAGCAUUGGUAAAAGUAGCAGCAGAGAUGUGAGUGGUAAUGAGGAGCAGAAGCUGAAAAGAUCAGAAGACAUAGUGAGGUGUUGGCUGGAAAAACUGUUGGACGUGUUCCUAUACAAGAGAGCGGAAGGACGCAACUACUACGAGUUGGCAGAAAUAUUAACAGUGUUUAAGCAAUUCGGAGAAGUGCACGCAAGACUGUUUGUGAAACACCUGGUGUACUUCAUACCGUAUCUGAGAAUAAUCAAUGAUACAAAGCUGGAAGUUAAUCAAGUUAAUUUGAUCAUACUGAUAAACAAUCUGGUUAUCAUAGUAUACAAGUACCUGAAAGAAGAAGCGACAAAGAAUAGAAAAGAAGAAGAGGAAAUCUUAAGUGAAUUGAAAAGCAUAAGUAACAGUAUAAUGUCGUUGGUAAACUAUAACUCGCCAAUACUAAUAAGGUCGAUAAUACAGCUGAUGUCAUACAACAACGUUGAGUAUAUUGAGAAGAUAAGAGAAGAGUCGUACAAUCACCUGGAAACCCUAAAGAAGAAGCUGCAAACACUAAAAAUAAAAGAAAUAGGUGUUGGAGAAGAUAAUAGACGCGAAGAUGAUAAAGGAGUAAUGAAGAUGUUGAAAAAUAAUAGAAUGUUGGUGGAUGUGAGUGUGUAUAAGAGUGGAUGGCAGCUGGGAUGCAUAAGUGAAUUCAACGAAGUUGAUAAAAAGGUGAUGAAAUUGUUCAUAGAAAUGUAUAAACUGUACACAGAAAUAGAAGUAUACAAUAUAUCAGGACUCUUCAUAGAGUGUUGUUGCAGAUACCUGAGUAACAUAGGGAACCUGUACAAUGUAGACCAUGAAGAGUUUAAGAGAAUGCUGAGCGAGUUGUAUGAGUACUGUAAAGAGGAUGUUAAGAACCGUUUUGGCGAUUUAAUUCUAAUACUGAAGCAAAUGCUGAAUGUGUAUAAGACCUUGUCAACGAAUUCAGAAAAAACAAAAAAUGUGAAAGAGAAAAAACAGAAGGAAGAGAAUGAGAUGGAUGUCGACCAUAGUAAUAUGGACAGUGAAACGGCAGUUGAAGAUGGUAAUGAUAGAGCAGUUGAAGAUGGUAGUGAUAGAACAGUUGAAGAUGGUAAUGGCAAAGGAGCCAGUAGUAAAAGCGAUAAGAAGAGAAAACAGCUGUUGAAAGUGUUGUACGUAGUGAUGCAAAAGUAUAUUAACCUGUUCACAAGUACAGUAACCAAUUAUUACAACAUUGGCAGCAGGAAUGGUAAUAAGAGAGAUGGAGAAAAUAGUAAACUGUAUAUGGAUAUAGUUGAAGUAAUAGUGGUAAACAGACUGACUAGUGUACAGGAAAUAGUGCCAUUUGUAUUCGGACACCUGCUGUCAGCAGACGUAAACGUACAGAGAGUAGCAGAACAAAACAUUAAGUUGAUAAUAAAGCAGGAUGUAAGCAUGUUCCUAAACAGGCUGAACGGGUGUUUUGUAGCACUGUUGAAAGAAAUAGCGCAUCAGUUCUACGAAAACAAUCGUGUGCUGGGAGUGCUGGGGACGAAGACAGAAAAGGCAGUACAAAGCAUAUUUAGAAUAUACGUGGAAGUCCUGGAAAAAAAGAGAGCGAACACAAAAAUUUUUAUAACAUCACUGGUUAUGCAAACGAAAGUGACCGGGAAUCAGGAAAUAAUAGAAAGUAUAAAGGAAAUAAUUGUGAAAAACAGCAAGUUCAACUACAGUAACAUAAAGAAAAUGAACAAGGCAAAAGGAGAAGAAAGAAAGGAAUGUGUGGUGGAAUAUAUACUCAGCCUGUACGUUAACUUAAUAUGCACAGUGUUGGAAGGAAUCACGUUUAAAAGUAAAAGGGAAGCAAACUUCGCAGUAGCAAGAAUAAAAGAUGUCGUGGAGGAAAACAGACUAAACACAAAAUACACUAAAAUAAAAACAGAAGCACACACAAGGCUAAAGAAGAUAGCAAGAAAGAUAAAAAACAUUUACAAAUAA